CUGUCCCACCUCAUUUAAAUCUGCAUUUUUGAGCUUGUUUUAGGAGUGUCGUUUAGGGGGAAAGAGCAGUUGUGAUCAAUGCAUCCCAUUCCAUCCCAUCCUGUCCCAUCCCAUCCUAUCUUACUUCAUCCUAUCCUAUCCCAUCCCAUCCUAUUCUGUCCCGUCUUGUCCUGUCCCAUCCAAUUCUCUACUAUCCCAUCAUCCCACUCAUUCUCUCCCAGCCCAUCUUAUCCCAACCCGUUCUCUUCCAUCCCAUAUUUCCAAUUCCCACUUAAACCACAUUCAAAGAUUGACUUUUAUAUGGGAACUUAAUUCAUCAGGUAGGGAUUCAGUGCAAAAACUGACCCAACGCUUUACUAUUUGUGCAAUUAUUUCAAGGGAUCGUGCGAACAGAAACAGAUACGUUAACGUGUAGAACCUUACGAGCGUUUACACAUCAGACCGCUUAGUACCAGAACAUCUAGGUUUAAGCGUAUGUGUCUGAUUUAAAACGGUGAACCCCAAUACAAACAUCACUGAAAAUAUUGAAUAAUCGGCUGCUCAUUUGGGCUGAGAAUGAAAGUUCUUCAUUAGUUGAAUGGUACUCUCGAUACAUGGAUUUAUUAUUUCUGAAUAAAUCACCAACAAGCUUGUUUAGAUAGAGAAGAUGUAUUUGAAUUUGACAUACAAUUCACACCAAAACCUACUGAUUUAUAUUUCGCAUCCUGUGUAACUGGUCUUACAAUGGCGAAUAAAAGUGAGAUUUGGUAGUAAUAUACCGUUUUAAAGCUGCAAAGUGGGAUUUCAGCAGUCUGGUGUAAGAAUUCCAGAUUUUCGUCGAAUGUUCUCGAACGCCUGUGAGAAAUUCUGUACGGAGACGCCCGAGUACACCCGAGUACACCCGAACUCGCUACGAAAGUUCGCGAAGUUUCCGGAAUGUUCCGAGGUUUCCCGGAAGCCUGUCAAGGAGCUCGCGAGCCGGCUCACAAUACAAUAGCGCUGUCGGUCGCGUGCUUCUCUGUAACUCAUGUUUGUGGACUGGAAUUCAAAUUAAACUUUUUUUUCUCUCUCUUCAGCUCAAAAUUGUCGUUUUGUGAGUUUAUGUCAUGUCUUUACUCUGUUAUAACAAAGGAUGUGGGCAGCGUUUUGACCCGGACAACAAUCCGGAAGACGCGUGCACUUACCAUCCUGGAGUUCCGGUUUUCCACGACGCCCUGAAAGGUUGGUCAUGUUGCAAGAGACGCACUACGGACUUCUCGGAUUUCCUCAGCAUCGCUGGCUGCACUAAAGGUCACCAUAACAAGGAGAAACCCCCCGAGCCGGUGAAGCCCGAGGUGAAGAGUUCAGGAGAGAAGAAGGAGCUGGAGGAUCUGAAACCGCGCUUUAAUGAAUACGUCAUACAGGCUCCGAAACCCGUGGAGUUCAUCCAGAGACCCAGUGCUGAUGAGCCACUGGUGGAACUGCAGCAGAAAGUGUCUCCGUCUCUGAGACAGGCACUCCAGAACCUCAAACUAGCAGAAUCCAGUCAGAUUUCAGAGAAAGAGGAUGAGGGGAAUGAGGUGAAAAUCGGAACAGCGUGUAAAAACAGAGGUUGCUCUAAGACUUUCUCUGGACCAGCAACUGACCAGGACAAGUGUGUGUUUCAUCCAGGAUUUCCUAUCUUCCAUGAGGGGAUGAAAUACUGGAGCUGCUGUCGGAGGAAAACGUCGGACUUCAACACAUUUCUUUCUCAGGAGGGAUGCAGCACAGGAGAUCACGUGUGGAGGAACGACAGUGGGAAGAAGGUGGUACCGUGUCGCUUUGAUUGGCAUCAGACUGCUAGUCAUGUGACCAUCUCCAUCUACGCUAAACACUCCAACCCAGAGCUGUGUUCAGUACAGGCCAACAGCACCAAGGUGUGUAUCAGAGUGAUCUUUGAGGGAGAGAAGGAGUUUGAACAGAAUAUCAGUCUCUGGGGGGUCAUUGACGUCAGCAGGAGUGCCACGAACAUGAUGGCUGCCAAAAUCGAGAUAGUCAUGAAGAAGGCGGAGCCGAUGUCGUGGGCGCGGCUCGAACUGCCACCGCCCACUCCUGUAUCGACCAAUGAGAAGAAAGCAAAGGAGUGUGUGUAGAAGAAAAAAAGGACUGAAAGUGUACCGACUGUUAGAGAGCUAGCUCAGAACAACACACGCUGUAUUUCUGUACUGUACACACACACACGCGCACACACUCAUUUCUCGUUUGUGUUCGAUUUAAUCACCACGCAUCAGUUUUCACACUAGACUUUGGCUCCGUCUCAUUUGCCCUUCGCAGACUACCGUUGUUCCUUAAAAGAUGCUAGAGGAGUACAGGAAUGUGAAAACUGUGUGUCAACUGUGUCCCAAAUUAUUGUUGUAUGUUUUGCUAAUUGGGCAAGAUAGCUUUUGAACAUUCAUAGUCCCAUUCACAGAAGCAUGAUGGGUAAUAUAUUACAGUAAUAUGUUAAUGAGUAGUGAGCUGAUUGGAUAGUCAACAUUAAGACCUUUGAGGCAUUCCUGAACCUUUUACAGAUAAUAAGAAUGUCUAAUAAUAAAAAAUAAAAUAAACAAAGGUCUGACUAUGGGCCUUGCUGCAUUUCCCUGUGCCCUCGCUGACUCUCCCUUGUGCACUUUGAAAGAAAUCCCAGAAUGCACUGCUUAGGUUUUUUUUGUCUAAUUAACAUACUCGAUGGUAGAGAACACCCAUAAACGAUGGACACUGUGAGAGUCAAGCAGAAAUCUAAUGCACCUCCUGAUUUUACUCUCUGGGCCAACAAGAGGCGGGGCUUAAAUUUUUAAGGUAACGAUUAGCCAAUCACAAGCAUAAUCCUCACUCCAAUAGUUUACCUAAUGUUACUUUACACUUUGCAUAAUAUUUCGUUCGCAGGUUUGCGAUCAGCUAAUGAACUUGAUCUUAAGCUCCGCCUUCGUCACUCUAAAGACGGCCACGUCAUGUCUGUGGUCUAACAGCUCGAGUGAGGAGUCCCGAUGCUUAUUUCUAGAUCAUUUCCUCAGCUCACUAUAACACAAGUUUUUUUUUUAACCUACUACAAACGGCCAACGAACAAGUCUACAACUGUGACCUCAUUAAAUAUGCGAGGUGCUAUGAAUAUGAGCGAACGUAGGAUUUGGAAAGCAGUGAAGCUGGGAAGUACCUCAUAUAGGCUGAAAGCCUUCGUCCAAAUUUCUGAUCAGGCUAAAGCAAAAGAAGCUCUUAUUUAAUAAAUGAUGUCAGCGAACUACAUUUUUAAAGAUUGCAGACCCCUCUUUGGCUAUGCUUUAUCGUCAUUAAUUUUUAAUAUGACGGGUUGAAAAAACAAAAAGCCGUAACCACGGCUUUUAAAAUGUAGUCAAAUCUAAGAAACGAAGCCGUCUCUGUAU